AUGUCUUCUGUAAACCAGAAGUUAUGUGGUGAAUUUCGAAACGCGCUUACCAAUCGAGAAAACGAGAAAGUGCAAAAUUUUGUCUUGCGGCGUAUUGUAAUGCGUUACUCCAUCGAUACAAAAAGUAAGAGAUACUCAGAAUCUCUUGCGGGCUCGCUUCUUCCGGAUUGGUUAGGUACAAAUGGCCUCCGAAGGCGUGGUCGGCAAACGUAUACCCGCUAUCAGACGCUCGAAUUGGAAAAGGAGUUCCACACAAACCACUACUUGACCCGCCGACGAAGAAUCGAAAUGGCGCAUGCACUCUGCCUCACCGAACGACAGAUCAAGAUCUGGUUCCAGAAUCGACGAAUGAAGUUGAAAAAGGAAAUUCAGGCGAUCAAAGAGCUCAACGAGCAGGAGAAACAAGCGCAGGCGCAGAAGGCGGCAGCACAAGCGGCGGCAGCAGCGGCGGCUAAUAAUAAUAUUAAUAGUAACAAUAAUAAUAUUACGAGUAAUAAUGAUAGUAACAGCAACAACAAUAAUCCUAAUGCUAAUACUACUUUUAACCAUAACUUUACAAAUAAUGUUACAACAGCCACAACUCCAUCGGCAGUAAGAAACCGAGCAGCAAUGCCAACACACACCGCUGCUACAGCGGCAAUGACUUGCAAUAACAAAAUGUCAACGUCAUCGCCAACAUUGUUGCCGAUGCCGUUGCCGCUGCCAUCGCCGUCACUGUCAGCAUCACCGGCACCCGCUUACCACGCAUACACACACACAGUAAACGAAAAUACCA